UUUCUCUCUUCUUUCUUGGUUCCUUUUAGCUAGUCUGGAUUGCUUGGGUUUCUUUCUUGCUUUUCCCUUUUUUUAAAAGACCUACCUCCCCCCCACCCCCUCCUUCUCCAGAGCUGCCUCCCCGUCAAUCUUUCAUCUGGACUGGUCUAGAAGUCUUUCUUGACGGCUUGGCUUAUUAGAAUAUAGACAGAAUGUUUUUCUCUCAACCACCCGUUCACCUGGCGCGUGCCGAGGAAUUGCGCCAGGAACCUCGCAAAGGCAAGCCUUACUCCGUCGCUAUUCCUGGUACGGAGAAACCGGGCCGCAGCCCCAUCUAUCGCGCCUGGAAUACCCAAAAGGGCCUCGUCAAGACCCUGGACCCGCAGGUCCUCACUGCCCACGAUGUCUUCGAGUCGGCCGCCAACCGCCUCCCAAAGAACCACUGUUUGGGGUGGCGUCCGUACAACCCAGUCAAGAAGACCUAUGGUCCCUAUCAGUGGUUAGAUUACCAAACGGUCCAGAAGCGUCGCGCUGCAUUUGGCGCAGGGUUGGUGGAACUUCACAACAAGCAUAACUGCGUUCGCGCUGGCCAGUACGGCAUUGGACUGUGGUGCCAAAACCGCCCGGAGUGGCAGAUCACCGAUCUGGCCUGUAUGUCGCAGGGCCUCUACUCCGUCUCCAUCUACGACGUUCUGGCCCCCGAUGCGACCGAGUACAUCAUCAACCACGCCGAGUUGAGCUGCGUGGUCACUUCGCUCCCCCACGUUCCUACGCUAUUGAAGCUGAAGCCCAUGCUGCCCAACCUGAAGAUGAUCGUCUGUCUCGAUCCGAUCGACGCCGGCGAGCAGCCCGGUCAGUCCAAGCGUGCCCUCCUGGAGUCCGUCGCCGCCGGUCAGGAUGUCUCCAUCUACACCAUCGACGAGGUGGAGCAGCUGGGCGCCGCCUCGAAGCGCCCUUACAACCCCCCGGCCCCGUCCGAUAUCGUCACCAUUAACUACACCUCCGGUACCACUGGUCCCCCCAAGGGUGUGGUUCUGACCCAUGAAAAUUCCGUGGCGGCGACCACGGGUGGUCUGGUCGGCAUCGAGCAGACCGCCGCCGACACCAUGAUAUCCUACCUGCCAUUGGCCCACAUCUACGCUCGUCUGUCGGAGCACGCGGCGUUGUGGUCGGGCGCCCGCAUCGGCUAUUUCCACGGGAACAUCCUGGAGCUGGUCGACGAUCUCAAGCUGCUCAAGCCCACGGGUUUCAUGUCCGUGCCCCGUCUGUACAGCCGGUUCGGCAACGUGAUCCGCUCCUCGACCGUGGAGCAGCCCGGCUUCAAGGGUGCCCUGUCGCGACACGUCGUCGACGCCAAGUUGGCCAACCUCAAGAACCCGGACCCGUCCAAGGCCACCGUCAAGCACGCCUUGUACGACCGGGUGUGGGCCAAGAAGGUCGCCGCGGCGCUGGGACUGGAGCGCGCCCGCCUGAUGGUUUCCGGGUCGGCGCCUCUCGAUCCGACGCUGCACAACUUCCUCCGUGUCGCCACCGGAUCCGACGUCGUGCAGGGCUACGGCCUGACCGAGACGUACGCCAUGGCGUGCGUGCAGUCGCCCCGCGAUCUGACGAGCGGCAAUUGCGGCCGCCUCUCCCCCUGCACGGAGGCGUGCCUGCUGUCCCUGCCCGACAUGAACUACUCCGUCGAUGACAAGCCCUACCCGCGCGGCGAGCUGCUCCUGCGCGGCCACAACGUCUUCAAGGAGUACUUCAAGAACCCCGAGGAGACCAGCAAGGCCAUGACCGAGGACGGAUGGUUCUGCACCGGCGACGUCUGCACGAUCGACGAGAAGGGCCGCAUCGUCAUCAUCGACCGACGGAAGAACGUCCUGAAGCUCGCCCAGGGCGAGUACAUCUCCCCCGAGCGCCUGGAGGGUGUGUACAUGUCCGAGAUCGGGUACUUCGCCCAGGCCUACAUCCACGGCGACAGUGUCGAGACGUUCUUGGUGGGCAUCUUCGGCGUGCUGCCCGAGGCCUUUGCGCCAUUCGCCAGCAAGGCCCUGGGCCGCACCAUCUCCGAGGCCGACGUCCAGUCGGUCCUGAACGACGAUAAGGUCCGCAAGGCCGUGAUCAAGGAUCUCGAGCGGGUGGCCAAGAAGCACAAGUUGGCGGGAUACGAGCGCGUCAAGAACUGCUCCUUGAUGAUUGAUCCGUUCACUGUGGAUAACAACCUGCUGACUCCUACCCUGAAACUGAAGCGUCCUCCUACCGUCAAGGCCUACCGCGAACUCCUGGACCAAUUAUACGCCGAGGCCAACGCGCAGAUCUCGCCCAAGGCGAAGCUGUAGACUUUUUUUGUUCCAUUUUUGAUGAGGAAAGGCGAAAGCCUUCACUGUAUAUAUUGUUGUGGUUUCGGACAUACAUAUCGGGACCUGUUCAGCAGGAUAACUGGAUAUAUCCUAAAUUAUAGAUGUAUUUAAGACACUGUAUGAUAUUUGGUUAGUAUAGACUG